AUGGCGAUCGGAGACAAGUUUCGCACCUAUGCGAGCCACAACCCAAUCUCGCGAUGGUCCGAGAAGAACUCUAGCCAAGGCUCUCAAAACGAUGUCGAGACUGAUGGCUCGCCAACCUCACUCCAACACCAAUUGACCCAGGAGAAGCGUCAGAUCGGAACCUUCUCUGCUUUCUUCCUGAUCUUCAACCGUAUGGUUGGCACUGGUAUCUUCGCCACACCCAGCACUAUCUUUCUACUGUCUGGAAGUGUCGGUCUCAGUCUGUUCAUAUGGGUCAUUGGUAUGAUCAUUGCAGCCACCGGUAUGGCAGUGUAUCUCGAAUUUGGAACCGCAAUUCCCAGGAACGGCGGUGAAAAGAACUACCUUGAAUAUGUCUACCGCCACCCUAAAUACCUCGCAACUGGCUUUUAUACCGGCUAUGUUAUCCUUCUUGGAUGGGCAGGGUCGAACUCUGUCGUGUUCGGAGAAUACAUCUUGCAUGCGGCUCGUGUGGAAGUGACCAGAUUCAACCAGCGUGGUAUUGGUCUAGCAUGCAUCACUGCAGCUUUCCUCAUCCACGGUACUGCCUUGAAAUGGGGUCUGAGACUGCAAAAUCUACUUGGAGUCAUCAAGCUUUUCAUUGUUCUACUUAUUGUGGUAUCGGGAUGGGCCGCACUAGGUGGUGCACUAAAGAUUGACAAGCCUCAUAACUUCGACAAUGCCUUCGCAGGAACUACAGGAAGCGCAUAUGGGAUCGUCAACGCCAUCUACAACGUUAUAUGGUCUUACAUUGGCUAUUCAAAUGCGAAUUAUGCACUCAGCGAGACCAAGAACCCGAUCAAGACCCUAAAGAUUGCGGCGCCCUCUGCCAUCAUCUUUGUGUCGAUUGUUUACAUGCUUGUCAACAUUGCCUACUUCGCAGCCGUUCCCAAAGAAGAGAUUGCAACCUCUGGUCGAAUCCUCGCAGCCAAUUUCUUCCGAAACGUCUUUGGCGAAUCUGCUGACCGAGCACUAUCCGUCUUCGUUGCACUUUCAGCCUUCGGAAAUGUCCUCAGCGUCAUCUUUUCUCAAGGUAGACUGGUGCAAGAACUCGGUCGUGAGGGCAUCCUCCCUUUCUCUCGAUUCUGGGCAAGCAACAAACCCUUCAAUGCGCCCUUGGCCGGUCUCUUCGAGCACUGGCUAGUGUCGGUGAUCAUCAUGCUUGCUCCUCCACCUGGCGACGCGUAUAACUUCAUCCUCAACGUCAUCACCUACCCGCUGUCCGUGAUCAAUGUCUUCGUCGCCGGCGGCCUCCUAUGGAUCUACUGGAACCCCACAAAAUACGAGUGGAAUCCACCCUUCCGUGCCACCAUUCCCGCUACUGGUCUCUUUUUCCUCAGCAACAUUUACCUCGUCGCUGCGCCGUUCGUGCCCCCGGAGGAGGGCGGCAGUGUCUAUAACGACCUCCCAUAUUACCUGCACUGUGUCGUUGGCAUCGGCAUCCUCGCGGCCGGUGGCGUCUACUGGCUUGUCUGGGCGGUGUUGCUGCCACGGAUUGGCAAGUAUGAGCUCGUGCGUACGACCGAGAUCAGUGAGAUCGACGGAUGGGAACGAAGUGUGUUCUCCCGCGUCCCGUUGGGGCAGAAGGGAAGGAAGGGCAGUUUGAGCUUGGUUCAUGAUGCCCCUGCAACUACUACUUCGGCAUCGACUUCGUCAUAG